AUGCCUGAGCGGGUGCUUAAGGUUAAGCGCACAUGUAAACCCAGGCUGGUUUUCGGGAUGCUGUACCCUGCCUAUGCUUCCUACAAGACUGUGAAGACCAAAAACAGCCGAGAAUACGUGAGUUGGGUGCCUGGGCAGCUCCUUCCCGGGCUUCAGCCCCGGGCUGACAGGCUCCCCCCCCCCCCCCCGGGCCGCUGGAUGAUGUACUGGAUCGUCUUUGCGCUUUUCAUGGCCAUGGAGACCAUCACCGACCUGCUUAUCUCAUGGUUUUCCUUCUACUACGAGAUUAAGAUGGCCUUCGUCAUCUGGCUGCUCUCCCCCUACACCGGGGGGGCCACCCUGCUCUACCGCAAAUUCGUGCACCCCACGCUGUCCCGCAAGGAGAAGGAGAUCGACGCGCGCAUCGUCCAGGCCAGGGAGCACGGCUACGAGAUGAUGGUGCGCUUCAGCAAGAGGGCCUUCAACAUGGCAGCCACGGCCGCGGUCCAGGCGGCCGCCAAGAGCCAGGGCACGCUGGCUGGGCG